UUUUUUUUUUUUCUGCUGCUGCUCUUUUUAUAUUAUUUAUCUUCACUUCUUUAAGAAACAAUGACAAAUACACCAAGGACAGUUCGGUUGACAGUCAUUGCUGCUGAUGGUCUUGUCAAGAAGGACUUGUUCUUUAAAAUGCCUGACCCUUUUGCUGUUGUCACAGUCGAUGGUGAGCAAACACAUACAACAACCGUCAUGAAAAAGACCUUGAACCCUUAUUGGAAUGAGAGUUUUGACCUACAAGUCGAUAAUUCCAGCGUCAUUGCAGUACAAGUAUUUGAUCAGAAAAAGUUCAAAAAGAAGGAUCAGGGUUUCUUGGGAGUUAUUAAUGUCCAAGUCUCCAAUGUAUUUGACCUUGCUGUGGGUGGGGAUGAAAUGCUUACACUGGACCUCAAAAAGUCCAAUAACCACGAUAUCAUUCAAGGAAAACUUAUUUUAAAUAUUUCUACCAAUGUCAAUGCUCCUAUCCGUAACGGUACCAAUACCCUCGCAUCCCGUUCCAGAUCUACCAUCACUCGUAAUCCAUCCAGUCAGUCUAUUUCCGUCGUAUCACCACCACCGCCUGCUCAUCAACAGCAACAACAACAAGCUCCUCCCCCUCCUCAUUCAGCACCCGUUACGAAUGCAUCCAACACAGCAGCAGAUAACACAGAAGAGAACAGAAACAGUGACUUACCAGAAGGUUGGGAACGUCGAGUGGAUCACUUAGGUAGACCUUACUACGUUGACCAUAAUAACAGAACAACCACUUGGAAGAGACCUUCAGCUAGAAGUGCACAAGAUAGACAAGAUCAAACUGAAUUGGAAAGACGUCGACAUAAUGCACGUGGAUUACCAGAAGAACGUCCCAACACAAGCACUACUGGGAAUAGCUCAACUUCUUUAGAAGCUCCCUCCAUUGCUCCUCGUCCUUCUACCACACCUACUUCCACUACCAAUGGUGUAGUGGGUGUUCAAAAUAAUAUGACUACAGCUGGAUCUGGACCACUUCCUCCUGGUUGGGAAAUGCGUAGCAACCCUGAAGGUCGUCCUUAUUUCGUCGAUCAUAAUACGCGUACAACCACUUGGGUAGAUCCUCGUCGUCAACAAUAUAUCAAUACCAUUGGUCCUGGUUCUAACUUGCAAGUACAAGUCCAACCUGUAUCUCAAUUAGGGCCUUUACCUUCUGGUUGGGAAAUGCGUUUGACUAGUACAGGUCGUGUGUAUUUCGUCGAUCAUAAUACCAAGACAACCACUUGGGAUGAUCCUAGAUUACCUAGUAGUCUUGAUCAAAACGUACCUCAAUACAAGAGAGAUUUCCGACGUAAAUUAAUUUAUUUCCGUUCACAACCUGCAUUACGUCCUGUGCCAGGUCAAUGUCAUAUCAAGGUGCGUCGUUCGCAUAUCUUUGAAGAUGCUUAUGCUGAAGUCAUGAGACAAGUACCCGCUGAUCUUAAGAAACGAUUGAUGAUCAAAUUUGAUGGUGAAGAUGGUUUAGAUUAUGGUGGUUUAUCAAGAGAAUUCUUCUUUUUAUUAUCGCAUGAGAUGUUUAACCCUUUCUAUUGCUUGUUUGAAUACUCGGCCCAUGAUAAUUAUACAUUACAGAUCAACCCUCAUUCCGCCAUUAACCCUGAACAUUUAAAUUACUUUAAAUUCAUCGGUCGUGUUGUUGGUCUGGCUAUCUUUCAUCGUCGUUUCUUGGAUGCCUUCUUUAUCGUCUCUCUUUACAGAAUGGUAUUGAACAAAAAGGUCCUUGUGGCAAAUAUGGAAAGUGUCGAUGCGGACUUCUAUCGUAGUCUAAAGUGGAUUCUCGACAAUGAUAUCACAGAUGUACUUGAAUUAACUUUCUCGGUAGAUGAUGAUCGUUUCGGUGAAUUAGUCACCGUAGACUUGAAGGACGGUGGUAGAGAUAUCGAAGUAACUGAAGAGAACAAGGUAGAAUAUGUUGAUUUGGUGACAGAAUGGCGUAUUUCGAAACGUGUGGAAGAACAAUUUAAAGCAUUUAAGGAAGGAUUUAAUCAGUUGAUUCCUCAAGAUUUAAUCAAUGUAUUUGAUGAAAGAGAGUUGGAACUUUUGAUUGGUGGUAUUGCAGAAAUUGAUGUGGAUGAUUGGAAGAAACAUACGGAUUAUAGAGGUUACACUGAACAAGAUGAUGUGAUUCAAUGGUUUUGGAAGUGUAUUCGUACAUGGGAUAGUGAAAAGAAAUCAAGAUUACUGCAAUUCACAACUGGUACUUCUCGUAUCCCAGUGAAUGGUUUUAAGGAUCUCCAAGGUAGUGAUGGUCCCAGAAGAUUUACGAUUGAAAAGGCUGGUGAAGACACACAACUCCCCAAAGCUCACACCUGUUUCAAUCGUAUUGAUAUGCCUCCGUAUAAAACUUAUGAAGCCCUUGUCGCUAAAUUAACAAUGGCUGUUGAAGAAACUGUUGGUUUUGGUCAGGAAUAAUUUAUAUAGAAACACUCCUCCUUUUAAAAGAAAAAAUCCCCCCUCUCUCAUACAUAACUCUCACACACACACACAUUUGUCAUCAUUAAGCAACCCUCACACAAACACACACACAUUCAAAUCAUAUAAAUAUAUCGCAACUUUUGAUGCAUCCCUCAUCAUUAUAUAUAUAUAUAUAUAUAUGUAUGUAUAUACUUGGCUUAUUAGAAAGAAACUUUUUAAUAUUUAUAAUUUUGUG